AUGGCAGAAAGCGACAGCGAUAAUAGCUCUUGGGAAAAUUUUAGCAUCGAUUCAGAAGGAAAUUUCACGGAAAGCAGUUCAUCUAGCGAUGAUAGUGACAGUGAUUAUGUCCAAUCUAACGACGAUGAAAUCGUCGUUCGUGGAGCUCAACCGUACCGGUUCGAGCCGCUCCAGGAGCGGGGUGCAAAUGACGGCGAAGCUGACGGGCAAGAUGGGACGCAGGCAGACGAUGAUCGGCGAGUUCGUCUUCAGAAUACGGAUUGGUGUUCUUGUGGAAACUGUACAAUUAUGGAGUCGGUGGAGAAUUGUCUGUGCUGCAAGGAGGCUCCGGCCAUCCAGCAAAAAAUUGAACACACAGGAGUUGAUCCGGACACUCUGAGUUGUUUUAAGGACCAUCCAUGGUACGAGGCCACCUGCUUGAAUCCAGGAACACUAGAGACUGCGUACUAUCAGUACAGACAGCAAUACGGUGCACGUGCUGUGGAGGGUGACAGGGCAAGCAAAUACCGACACGUGUCCUAUCGUCAGGUCGUCAGAUGGUGCUGGGGGUUCCUGGGAAGGCAAAACCGUGUACCUUUGCCUUCAUGUAUAAUGAACAAGACACGAGCUGCUUACCCUGCACCAGACGGGAACUACAAAGGUUUUAAAUACCCAGAUUUAGAUGAAUAGAAGUACAUGUUGUACAAUCAUGAUUAAAAUUGUAUUGAUCAUUGCUCUUGAAUCCAAAUA